AUGAAGCCAUCCGAGCUCAACGUGCCAAAGGAUAAGUUCCAGAGCCAGUUUGGCAUUUCCUGGGACGAUGCCAUGGCCCAGGGCCUUGUCUUCAAUGCCAUGGAUGCCUGCAAGGAGCUCAGCUGCAGUCCAGACGAGCUGAAUGCAGCCUGGGGGGCGAGCAAGAAGGCUGGCAAGCUUGCGAAGUUUGGAGGUGGCUUCUAUUGUGGCAAAGUCGAGAUGUCCGGACGAAAGCCCAUCUACGUCUUCAAUGGCUUCUUCAUGAGCAUGCGGAGCAACUUCACCGCACCCGGGAAGAGCAUCCACUACUACACCGUGGAAUGGGAUGAGAAGACUCUCUCCUGGGAAGAUUUCCGAGGCAAAGUCCUGGGGCCAACGGAUCCGUCCCAAGCCCCCAAGGAUUCCCUCAGAGGGAAGAUCCUGGCAGACUGGAAGGCCCUUGGAUUGAAGUCCGAGCCGAAUGUCGGCGACAAUGGCGUUCACGCCUCCGCCUCCCCCUUCGAGGGCAUGGCGGAGAGGAUGAACUGGCUGGAGAAGCCAUGCCGUAAGGACUCCUUCUGCUCAGCGCUGCUCCAAGCUGGCUUAUCUGAAUCCACGAUCAAAGCCUGGUCAGUGGAUCCACAGGUCAAGCUCGCAGACGGCAAGAAGGGCUCCCUCUUUGAUGCCUUGGAAGAUUUGGACAGCUCGGCCUGCCUGGACAAGGCCAAGUCCCUCAACUCCAUGCAGUAG